AUGUCGCAAGCUGAAUUUGAUAAAGCUGCGGAAGAAGUCAAGCAAUUAACGAAAAAGCCGUCUGAUGAUGAAUUACUUCAACUUUAUGGUCUUUUCAAGCAAGCAACUGUCGGUGACAACAACACCUCUAAACCAGGCAUGUUCGAUUUAAAGGGUAAAUACAAAUGGGAAGCCUGGGACAAAAACAAGGGCACUUCAAAAGAAGAUGCUCAAAAGAAAUACAUCGAUUUAGUAAAACAACUUCAAGCGAAACAAUAA